UUUGGUGAGCAUCCGGUCCCACAAUGCACCGCGGCUGGCUUGUGGCGCCGUUAGCGACACCGUUAAAUGUCAACAGGGAGACCGGAGAAAGUCCUUCAGUCCAUUCGCGCAGAGACGGUCGUAGACUGAGUCCCGGUUCCGCAGACCUUCGUCUGACCCCCCGUGACCUCUGUUGACCCCGGCAUGGCUCCGCUCAGCUCCGUGCCUGCAGCCGUUAGCCUGCUAGCUCGCUCAUUCAGCGCCUUCUCGUGCUCCAACCCCUUCCUCAGGUCCCUCGCAGCGGCGAAGACUAGCCCGGGGAAAUGCCUGACGUCUCAGGCCAGCGGCCCUCCAAAGAGACCUUUGAACGGAUACAUGAGAUUUGUCAUGCAGCAGAAACCAGCUGUGGUCCAACAAAACCCAGAGAUCAAACCAGUAGACAUCAUCAGGAGGAUCGCCCAGCAGUGGAGAGUAUUGAGUCCCGAGCAGAAGAAGCCUUUUCAGGAGGCCAUGCAGCGGGACAUGCAGAAGUUCAAGCUGGACCUCCAGAAGUACCAGUCCCAGCUGACUCCAGCCCAGCUCCAGCAGCAGGCUGUGGAGAGGAAGCAGAGGAUGUCCAAGCGGAAAGCCAUCCGAAAGAAGAGGGAGCUGACCAGCUUGGGAAAGCCCAAACGCCCUCGCUCUGCCUUCAACAUCUUCAUGUCGGAGCACUUUGAGGAGGCCAGAGGGACCACGACCCCGGCCAAAAUGAAGUCUCUGAUGGAUGACUGGAGGAGUCUGUUCAGCAACCAGAAACAGGUGUACAUGCAGCUCGCCGAAGAUGACAAAAUCCGCUACAAGAACGAGAUGAAGUCCUGGGAGGACCACAUGUUGGAGAUCGGACGAGAAGACCUCCUCCGGGAUCAGACGCUGACAUCGCAGAGAAGAUCUGCUGCUCGAAUAGCAGCAGCCGCCGCCAAGAAGAAAACGAAGGCGACCAAAGCUAAACCGGCCAAGAAGACCGCAGCAACACCAAAGUCAAAAGCCGCUAGCAGAGAGGUGAAAAGCAGCUCUGCAAAAACUGUCCGAAAAGGCUCCACCAAGAAAGUGUGAAGAUGUUGAGGAUUCUCAGGACACUUCAUAUCUGGUGAUCCACAGCUGUCCUAAACUUUUAUUUCCUCUCUUCUUUUGUCAUUUGUAUCCGUCCUGCAGGACAUAGCUAUGUACUCAACAGCUUCAGAGUUAGAAAUAAAGUUUCUCUUUGUCUA